GCCAUUUUGGACCGGACUUAGUGCCAGCACGCGCGAAAGUAUCGCUUUUCGGCCUCAUAUCGACCUCAAAGGCUCUCCAGCUUGAGCGCGCGAACCUCUGAACUUGAUACAUACCGAAAACCCCCUUUUCCCCGAAUUCCAGGAGAAAGAUGGCCAUGAAUCGCCCAGGACAACCACCACAGCGACCACCAGCACUCGGCCAGGUCCCCGGAAUGGCGGGACAGUACCGUGCGCCCUACGGAGGCUUUGGCCUGCAGCAACGGAGCGUCAACAACCUCACCAGCGCCUACGUACCCGGAUUACAACGCACAUCCUCGCAAGCGCAAAGCCUGAUGCCCUCAUCACCAUUCGUACAACAACCGCGCGUACAAGGGAGCUACCCCUUUGGCGUCGGCACGCCACAGGGUCAGACGCUCGGUGCACAACCGCAUCAAACAAAUGGGAACAGCGCAAGCAACGAUAACGGGCUGGACCUCAACGACUUCCCUGCACUGGGCGCGACAACGGGAGGGGGCGGAGGUGGCGCGGGAUCGGGCGCGGGAGGGGCGUCGACUGCAAGCUAUGCCACGCAAGCAGGCGGCGUCGGGCAGACCGCGGGCACCCCGGGUACAACACAGACGCGCGAUUUCACCCCAGAUGACUUUCCCGCACUCGGAGGGACGACGCACAAUCCGCAAGAGUCGCAGCAGCAAAAUCAGUCGCAAGGCCAGGAUCACCCGCCAGGCUUGAAUGGCUACCAGCAAGAGCCCGUAGGGCCAAGACAGUCGCUCAACUCGCUCGGAAACUCGGCACAGCAAGGCGGAUCGAUACCUCAAGGUACUCCGGGCAUGUUGAACUUGACACCUGCACAAGCACGCAACGUACAUCCCGGUUUUGCAGAAGCGGAGAAACAGCAGCAACGGAAUACCUUCAAUAUGAAGUUGAAUCCUCCCUCACAUGCAUGGGCGUCGUCUCCCAAUCUCAAUCCGGGCUCCCAACCGUCAUCGACACCAUCACAAACGGGACUUGGUGCAGGAUCGUUUGCGCCAGGAUCGCAACAGAAUGGCACGACAGUACCUACAUCAGGCUCGGCAGGACAGCUAGGCGCCCCGCCAGGCGUGCCACCGCCACAAGGCUUCGCGGGCAACCAUCUACAACAAAGAACAACGACGCCGGCCCCGUAUACACCGAACGGGUUGGACGCGUCUGCAGUAGGAGGCAACGCAGCAAGCUCGUUACCGGGGUCGACCGGCACACAUCCUGCGCACCAUCCACAGACGCCGGCGCAGCAAGUAUUGCUGAGCUCAGCAGAUCGGUGGGGGUUGCUGGGAUUGUUAGCGUUAAUACGAAACGCAACGUCGGAUGAGGGCUUGCUAAGCGGGAUGGGCACGGACUUGGGCACGAUGGGGUUGGACAUGGGCACGUCAGGGCCGUUGUAUUCCACCUUCAUCACACCCUGGGCAGAUCAGAGCGCGGCACACUCUGUUGAGCCGGAGUUCCACCUACCCUCAUGCUACGCUGUCAACGCACCGCCGCCAGGGCCGCAGAAGGCGCAGGCGUUCUCGGAGGAGACGCUCUUCUACAUGUUCUACGCGCACCCGAAAGACGCAUUGCAGGAAGUCGCUGCUCAGGAGCUAUACAGCCGCAACUGGAGAUACCACAAGGAGUUGCGGGUGUGGAUCACGAAGGAGAGCUCGACGACGAUCGUGCAGAAGUCGGCGCACGGCGAGCAGGGCACGUACACGAUCUGGGACCCCGAGUCGUGGUCGAAGGAGGCCAAGGAGCUGUCGGUGAUGUACGCGGACCUCGAGGAAAAGGCGAUCCCGGCGUUCGCGCCGACGACGACGCUGGUGCCGACCUCGGCGGUGCAGGCGCAGCCCGCGGUGCAGCAGCCGAUCUCGACGAGGGCGUCGUACCAGAUGGGCAUGUGAGCUUGCUUGGUGUGCAUAGGCGCCCGCGAUCAGCGGUGCUGCCCUGGAAUAUUUUAUCUGUGUUUCUUCCUUCCCGCAGGCGGAAUGCGGGGAUUGUUUUUCGCCAUAGUCUGCGCCGACGCCGCCGUCCUCGCCGCGCCGGCGCCUUCCUAUCGAACAUUGUAGCUGUAAUUAACCGUUGUCGUCCUCGCUGCACAUUCUUGUCGUGCACGCGGUGUGAUUUAUUGUAUGUGAAUCGGCUGUCCUUCGCGUGCCCUUUCCCUUGCUCUUGCGGUCGCGAUUGCCAUUGUUCUUUCGGGGUCCGGAUAUG